ACUUAGAGCAGGCAGCGAGCAGCCCCGGCUGCAGGGCCACACACACAAGUUCCCAAACACAUAUCACCGAGAAAGUGUCCAGGAUCUCCGGCGUUACUGCCCAGUGUGUCGCUUGACUCAGGGGGAUUCAGCACAGACGUGACCCGGACCUGGACCGCAAGUGAUGUGGUGCUCUAUCUGCAAGACCAUGGGUUUGCUGUGGCUGCUGACAGGCCUCUACACUGUGGAGCUGUACAGAGCAGGAAUGGUAGCCACUGUGGGAUCCAUCACCACCAUCCCUGUGGGUGGAACGGUGAGAUUCCCUCUCCUACACUACAGCCAGGAGAAGGUCAAGGUGAGGAUGAGGCGGAUCGAUCCCUAUAUUGGAAUCCUGGGCUGGAAGUCGAACAGUCCGGAGUUUCCGCACUGGAUCAACUCGUCCUACAGGGACAGGGUCCACUUCCGACGGGACGCCUUCAUCGAGCUGCGGGCCGUGGGGCCGAGUGACCAGGGGGCGUACGAGGUGCAGACAAUCUACAAUGGGAGUGAGAUGUGGAAACGUGACCAUUUUAUGCUGCGAGUGGUUGAGCCGAUGUCCACACCGACCGUGGAGGUGAGCUGCAACUUGUCGCAUCUCACGCUGAACUGUUCCACCGUCAGCGGCUGCCUGGUCACCUACCGGUGGGAGCAGCGAUCGCAGGAUCCCGGCGUGGAGAACGCCACCUUCCCCGGUGCCGUGCUCUACCUGCCCAACACGGGGCAACUCAACUACACCUACACCUGUGUCACAGAAGAUUGCUGCAGCAACCACGCAGUCCCUGCAACUCUGCAAUGCAACAACCUGCCCAGAGGGUCUAGGAAUCGUUGGAUGAUCGUUCUCACCAUGUUCCUUCUCGUUGUAGUCGCCGUGCUGUGCGUCUGGACAUCGUAUCGCCACAGAAAUCCCAGACAAUACCGUGAGUGUCUUACUCACCCCCCUCCUGCCCCGUUUCAUCCAGCAAUUAUCAGGCAACAGAACCAUUCCACCACAACCAGAGAGCAAUGCUGAACCUCAAUGAUGACCACGCACUAUCCUUGAUCGCACUUUACCUUGCACUAAACGUUGCACUAUAAAUGGGCCGAUUGUGAUCAUGUAUUGUCUUUCCACUGACUUGUUGGCACCUCUGUACAUGUGACAAUAAACUACACUGUUGCCAGGAGAGUUGCGGGCAGGGGCAGAGUGCGGACGUGGGAGUGCGGGAAGAUGACGGAGAACUUACCAACAUAACAUCAACCUCAAUGUGAACAAGACAAAGGAACUAGUUUGAACGAACUGCCUAAAGAAGUGUCCUGACCCAAAACGUCACCCAUCCUUUCUCUCCAGCGAUGCUGCCUGAUCCGCUGACUUACUUUGUGAGCAGUUUGUGUGUUUGCCUUUGUUAUAAACCAGCCUAGCAAGGAGCUAGUUAUCUACUUCAGGAAGCAUGGUGGAUGGACUACAUGCCCCAGUCAGUGCCAAUGGUGCCGAAGCGGAAAUGGUUGAGAUUCAAGUUCCUUGGCAUUAAUAUUACCAAUGUGUUGUUGUGCCUCCACUUCCACAGUAGAUGGAAGAGAUUCAGCAUGUCUUACAAACUUCUACAGGUAUCGUACAAAGUGUAU